AUAUACUGUAUAUAUCAGCUGAUAUAUCAAUGCUGUACAGAAACCCAGCCUAAAACCCCAAACAGCAAGCAAUGCAGGUGUAGAAGCACGGUGGCUAGGAAAAACUCCCUAGAAAGGCCAAAACCUAGGAAGAAACCUAGAGAGGAUACAGGCUAUGAGGGGGGGCCAGUCCUCUUCUGGCUGUGCCGGGUGGAGAUUAUAACAGAACAUGGCCAAGAUGUUCAAAUGUUCAUAAAUGAACAGCAUGUCAAAUAAUAGUAAUCACAGUGAACAGGUCAGGGUUCCAUAGCCGCAGGCAGAACAGUUGAAACUGGAGCAGCAGCACGGCCAGGUGGACUGGGGACAACAAGGAGUCAUCAUGCCAGGUAGUCCUGCGGCAUGGUCCUAGGGCUCAGACUGACCCUAGCCCCCCGACACAUAAACUACUGCAGCAUAAAUACUGGAAGCUGAGACAGGAGGGGUCAGGAGACAUAUCAAGCAAAGAGGCACUGAGUUUGAAGGUAGGCCUUGAAAUACAUCCAUAGGUACACCUCCAAAUUGAUCAGAAGCUUCGAAAGCCAUGACAUCCUUUUCUGGAAUUUUCCAAGCUGUUUAAAGGCACAGUCAACGUGUAUGUAUGUAAACUUCUGACCCACUGGAAUUGUGAUACAGUGAAUUAUAAGUGAAAUAAUCUGUCUGUAAACAAUUGUUGGGAAAAUGACUUGUGUCAUGCACAAAGUAGAUGUCCUAACCGACUUGCCAAAACUAUAGUUUGUUAACAAGAAAUGUGUGGAGUGGUUGAAAAACGAGUUUUAAUGACUGUAACCUAAGUGUAUGUAAACUUCCGCCUUCAACUGUAGAUUUAGGCGUACAGAAGGAGGCGAAUUUGCACAUUUUCAAUCAGAAUUUUUUGUAAGCAUCAUAUUGUUAGAUUACAGGAGUAACUAUGGUAGGCCUAAAACAUUCUUCCUCACCUCAAGUUCAGUUGUGGGAGUCAGUUGGAGCACCGGUGCACACUGACUUCAUAUCAUAGACAUGCAGUAGCGAAAGCCAUUUCUACAGUCGCUAGCAUCCUUUUGUCUGAUCUGUAGUCACAUUUUCAAAACUAUAAACAACUAGCAUAACAUCCGUCUGUUGUGGACCAUACCAUGAACAUAAUUCAUGUUGUUUUCACAGAAUAUGCAGUCAAUUAACACGUUUCUAAAAUGCUUAAAUUUUGUUAAAAAUACAAGCAUACCCAAUACCAAAAUUAUGGAUCUCUCUUGUCUUAUCUACAGAUGCUUGCACACAGCAUGCCAGAAAUGAAGACCUAAUGUUCAAAACCUUAAAUAUAGUAUAAAGUCUCUACUUCUGCAACAACAGCAGCUCAAAAGCUAUUUUGAAACAGCUGAUAAGCAUUUUUGAAAGAACAGAUCAUUGAAACAUUGAGAAAUAGCUGAUUUACUGUAAGUUGUGUAAAAUAGACCAACCACAGCUGAGUCCAAUCUCAAUCGGAGACAUAGCCAGGUGUUGAAGUUCUUUCAAUUACAUGGACAUACACUGUAAAAAGGGGACUCUGGAUUGAUUUUGUUCAAUGUGGAUACAGAACAACACAGAGGAGCAGAGAGAGAAAAAAUUAUGUCUUGACACGGGAGAGGAGUAGUUGGACCAGGGAGAGGAGUAGCUGGAUGAGGCAGAGGACUAGCUGGACCAGGCAGAGGAGUAGCUGGACCAGGGAGAGGAGUAGUUGGACCAGGGAGAGGAGUAGCUGGACCAUGGAGAGGAGUAGUUGAACCAGGCAGAGGAGUAGCUGGACCAGGCAGAGGAGUAGCUGGAACAGGCAGAGGAGUAGCUGGACCAUGGAGAGGAGUAGUUGAACCAGGCAGAGGAGUAGCUGGACCAGGCAGAGGAGUAGCUGGAUGAGGAAAAGGAGUAGCUGGACCAGGCAGAGGAGUAGCUGGACCAGGGAGAGGAGUAGUUGGACCAGGGAGAGGAGUAGCUGGACCAGGCAGAGGAGUAGCUGGACCAGGCAGAGGAGUAGCUGGACCACGGAGAGGAGUAGUUGGACCAGGCAGAGGAGUAGCUGGAUGAGGCAGAGGACUAGCUGGACCAGGCAGAGGAGUAGCUGGACCAGGGAGAGGAGUAGUUGGACCAGGGAGAGGAGUAGCUGGACCAUGGAGAGGAGUAGUUGAACCAGGCAGAGGAGUAGCUGGACCAGGCAGAGGAGUAGCUGGACCAGGCAGAGGAGUAGCUGGACCAUGGAGAGGAGUAGUUGAACCAGGCAGAGGAGUAGCUGGACCAGGCAGAGGAGUAGCUGGAUGAGGAAAAGGAGUAGCUGGACCAGGCAGAGGAGUAGCUGGACCAGGGAGAGGAGUAGUUGGACCAGGGAGAGGAGUAGCUGGACCAGGGAGAGGAGUAGCUGGACCAGGCAGAGGAGUAGCUGGACCAGGCAGAGGAGUAGCUGGACCACGGAGAGGAGUAGUUGGACCAGGCAGAUGAGUAGCUGGACCAGGGAGAGGAGUAGCUGGACCAGGCAGAGGAGUAGCAGGAUGAGGAAAAGGAGUAGCUGGACCAGGCAGAGGAGUAGCUGGACCAGGGAGAGGAGUAGUUGGACCAGGGAGAGGAGUAGCUGGACCAGGCAGAGGAGUAGCUGGACCAGGCAGAGGAGUAGCUGGACCACGGAGAGGAGUAGUUGGACCAGGCAGAGGAGUAGCUGGACCAGGGAGAGGAGUAGUUGGACCAGGGAGAGGAGUAACUGGAUGAGGCAGAGGAGUAGCUGGAUGAGGCAGAGGAGUAGCUGGACCAGGCAGAGGAGUAGCUGGACCAGGGAGAGGAGUAGUUGGACCAGGGAGAGGAGUAGUUGGACCAGGGAGAGGAGUAGCUGGACCAGGGAGAGGAGUAGUUGGACCAGGGAGAGGAGUAACUGGAUGAGGCAGAGGAGUAGCUGGACCAGGCAGAGGAGUAACUGGACCAGGGAGAGGAGUAGUUAGACAACCAGGAGAGGAGUAGUUGGACCAGGCAGAGGAGUAGCUGGACCAGGGAGAGGAGUAACUGGAUGAGGCAGAGGAGUAGCUGGACCAGGCAGAGGAGUAGCUGGACCAGGGAGAGAAGUAGUUGGACAACCGGGAGAGGAGUAGUUGGACCAGGGAGAGGAGUAGCUGGACCAGGGAGAGGAGUAGUUGGACCAGGGAGAGACGUAGUUGGACCAGGGAGAGAAGUAGUUGGACCAGGGAGAGGAGUAGCUGGACCAGGCAGAGGAGUAGUUGGACCAGGGAGAGGAGUAGCUGGACCAGGCAGAGGAGUAACUGCACAAGACAGAGGAGUAGCUGGACAAGGCAGAGGAGUAUCUGGACCAGGCAGAGGAGUAACUGGACCAGGCAGAGGAUUAGCUGGGCCAGGCAGAGAAGUAGCUGGACCAGGGAGAGGAGUAGCUGGACCAGGGAGAGGAGUAUCUGGUCCAGGGAGAGAAGUAGCUGGACCAGGGAGAGGAGUAGCUGGACCAGGCAGAGGAGUACCUGGACCAGACAGAGAAGUAGCUGGACCUUGGAGAGGUGUAGCUGGACCAGGCAGAGAAGUAGCUGGACCAGGGAGAGGAGUAGCUGGACCAGGCAGAGGAGUAGCUGGACCAGGGAGAGGAGUAGCUGGACCAGGGAGAGGAGUAGCUGGACCAGGGAGAGGAGUAGUUGAACCAGGCAGAGGAGUAGCUGGACCAGGGAGAGGAGUAGCUGGACCAGGGAGAGGAUUAUCUGGUCCAGGGAGAGAAGUAGCUGGACCAGGGAGAGGAGUAGCUGGACCAGGCAGAGGAGUACCUGGACCAGACAGAGAAGUAGCUGGACCAGGGAGAGGUGUAGCUGGACAAGGCAGAGAAGUAGCUGGACCAGGGAGAGGAGUAGCUGGACCAGGGAGUGGAGUAGCUGGACCAGGGAGAGGAGUAGCUGGACCAGGGAGAGGAGUAACUGGACCAUGGAGAGGAGUAGUUGGACCAGGGAGAGGAGUAGCUGGACCAGGGAGAGGUGUAGCUGGACCAGGCAGAGAAGUAGCUGGACCAGGGAGAGGAGUAGCUGGACCAGGCAGAGGAGUAGCUGGACCAGGGAGAGGAGUAGCUGGACCAGGGAGAGGAGUAGUUGAACCAGGCAGAGGAGUAGCUGGACCAGGGAGAGGAGUAGCUGGACCAGGGAGAGGAGUAGCUGGACCAGGGAGAGGAGUAGCUGGACCAGGCAGAGAAGUAGCUGGACCAGGGAGAGGAGUAGCUGGACCAGGGAGAGGAGUAGCUGGACCAUGGACAGGAGUAGUUGGACCAGGGAGAGGAGUAGUUGGACCAGGCAGAGGAUUAGCUGGACCAGGCAUAGGAAUAGUUUGAC